CAGCGUUUGCACAACGCUGGCCCCUAAACAUUUACAGCCCUCUCUCCUCUUCAGCUCCAUCGUUGCAUAAUCGGAGCUUUGCAAAGUGCUACGUGUGUAAAUGAUGCGUCUCCGAUCGGUCAGCGUGGUAGAAAAGAUAAAUCACUGCUGUGCUGAGCGCUCAGGGGACGAGCGCAUGAAAUGCAUCAUCACUGACAGGCUCGUUUCUUUUUGAUCAAAGCUCACGCUUGCACACGUGCAUUAGUGGCGUGUUUGACUGCAGCAUCACAUCCCAGUUCUGGGCCAGAACCAGAGCUGGUUUUGGUAUUUAUAGCCCCCCGGUGGUGCAGAUUUACUUGUUCGAGGAGCAACGAUGAUCGGUGACCUUUUAAUAUCAUUAAUGUUCAUCUCAGAUGAGUGGACUCAUCAGCGUUUUCUAAUCUUUUGUGGUUAAUUGAUUGUCCAUUAAUUUAAAUUCACAGGAACUGAUCGUUACUGACAAGAGCUCGUUGCAGAGGACAGACGUUCUUUGUUCCCCUACGGUUCCUUUAUCGCCGUCCUUCCCUUUUUUUUUUUCUGAUCUCGAGGUCUGAGAAAUAAAAGGUUAAUCCAGUAUGCAGGUUGUGCAACAACAGCAGUGAAAUGACAUGCGAGGUCCAAAGUCCAAGGUUCGUGAUCCGGCGCCAUCCAUCACGUCGGAGGUUGUUGUUUAUCUGGAGGCCGGAGCACCUGAGGGGUCAGCUUUAAAGCUGCACGGUGCUGACUGCACAGCGAUAGGACCCACGCAGCACGGGGGGGGGUGGACACUGACGCAGGCAGGCGGCUCCCUGCUCCGCUGUGCUCGACAUAAAUCAUCUCCUGAUGGAAGGCAGCCCGACCGUGAGCGCGGAUCAAUUUCCACUGCAGCCUCUCCGGGGAGCGCUGCCCGAGUCGCGCGUUCAAGCAAAUGUUGCCUUUUAAAUCACACGGACCACAUCAGUGACGUGGCCGCGUCCUUUUGAUGCAAAUGGGCCGCAUUCGAUGUUUGUGCAGCGUGAGGUCCGGUACUUCGUGCUGGAUCCGGAGCUGGGGCAGCUGCAGUACUUCGUCAACGAGCAGGGCCGGAGCCAGAAGCCGCGCGGGUCCCUGCCGCUCAUCGGCGCCUCGGUGGCGCCGAGCGACGAGGCGCCUCACAUGUUCAUCGUCCACUCCGUCAACGGCGAGCUGUACAAACUCCGAGCCUCCGAUGCCAAGGAGCAGCAGUUCUGGAUCCAUCAGCUGCAGGCCUGCGCCAGACGCCACUCUGACAGCAGCGCCAAGGUGAGGAAGCUCAAGGGCUCCGACGAGCACCUGAGUGUGGAGCGAGCCGGAGGCCAGGAGCUGCUGGGCUCCUCAACCUCCGGUCGGACCCGUAGCUUCUCCCUCCUCCCCCACCUCACCCCCUCCUCAUCCCCGGCAUCCCCGAGGCACCUGGGCCACGCGGCCUCGCCCGGCAACAUUGUCACCAUCACCCACCACAAAUCUCCAGCUGCAGCUCGGCGGGCUAAGAGUCAGUACCCAGGACGGCUGCUGGAGGUCAAGGAGGUGAUGUCCCAGGCCGAAGGCCAGCAGAAGAGCCUGGUCCAGUCCAUCGACUCGCUGCCCACCAGGGGGCCCCUCUCAUGCCUGGACCAGGACCUGCUGCUGCUCAAGGCCACGUCGGCGGCGACGCUCAGCUGCCUGGGGGAGUGUCUGAGCAUCCUCCAGCACAGCCAGAACCACGGCCAGAACCCCCAGUCCGCCUCCCAGAGACACCACGCCCCUCACGGAGCGCCGUCCGAUGGUGCUCCUGUGUGGACUGUACCAAAGUCGCCCUCAGGGGAGCAGCUGAAGAACGGAGGCCUCACUCCUCUGCGAUCGGCCGAGCCCUCGCCGGCCCUCAGGAAAAAGAGUCUGUGCCAUGGUGCUGAGCACCACCCGGGGCUGGAAGACGUGAGCCCCGCCGAGGAGGCCACGGACACGGAGGACAACGAGGAGGAGGACCUGGGCGUCCUGGACGACCAGCGCAGCGUCAUCCUCCACCUGCUCUCGCAGCUCAAACUGGGCAUGGACCUCACGCGGGUGGUGCUACCGACCUUCAUCCUGGAGAAGAGGUCCCUGCUGGAGAUGUACGCCAACUUCAUGGCCCACCCGGACAUGUUCCUGUCCAUCACGGCCGGCGCCACGGCUGAGGACCGGAUAGUCCGCUUCGUGGAGUACUACCUGACGGCGUUCCACGAGGGCCGGAAAGGCGCCGUGGCCAAGAAGCCCUACAACCCCGCGCUGGGGGAGACCUUCCACUGCUCCUGGGAGGUGCCCCGGGACCGGGUCCGGCCGGCGCCGAGGUCCGAGCCCGGCAGGGGGCCGCCGGGCGAGGAGGCGCCGGGCGGCUGCUACAGGGUCCGCUUCGUGGCGGAGCAGGUGUCGCACCACCCGCCGGUGUCGGCGUUCUACUGCGAGUCGCGAGAGAAGACGAUGUGCGUCAACGCCCACGUGUGGACAAAGAGCAAGUUCAUGGGCAUGUCCAUAGGCGUGUCCAUGGUGGGAGAAGGAGUCCUGUGUCUGCUGGAACACGACGAGGAGUACGUGUUCACGCUGCCCUGUGCCUACGCCCGCUCCAUCCUCACCGUGCCCUGGGUGGAACUGGGCGGCAAAGUCUCCAUCAACUGCGCCAAGAGCGGCUACUCGGCCACCGUCACCUUCCACACGAAGCCCUUCUACGGCGGGAAGGUCCACAGAGUGACUGCAGAGGUCAAACACAACCCCACCAACACCAUCGUGUGCAAAGCGCAGGGCGAGUGGAACGGGACGCUGGAGUUCACCUACAGCAGCGGCGAGACCAAGGUGAUGGACACGAGCAAGCUGCCCGUCAUCAGAAAGAGGCUGCGUCCUGUGGAAAAGCAGGGGAGGACAGAGUCGAGGCGGUUGUGGCAACACGUCACCAAGUCGCUGAAGGAAGGAAACAUCGACGAGGCCACGAAGCACAAACACAAACUGGAGGAGCGGCAGAGGGGGGAGGAGCGGCAGAGGACGGCCGACAACAAACCCUGGACGCCCAGAUACUUCAUCAAGGAGGGAGAGGGGUGGAUCUACAACAGCCCGUUGUGGAAGUCAACCUGACGGCACGCGGCGCCGCCGGACGACGAGCGAGAUCCUGCCUCCAGACGCCGAGGACCCGGACUCUCCCAGCGGCAAACAGGAAACAAGGUGCCAAAGGGAUUUCCCCUCCAGACCCAAGAAACGGCCCGGGACUCUGGGGACAGACGUACAUUUUUAUAUCGAGUUGACAAUUACUACUCAGAGUAGAAUACUUCUAUUUUUCACCGUGCCAAGGCCUUUUUUUGCACACAGACUUCAGAAGUUUUUUUUUGUUUUUAACAUCAGUGAUUGGUUCCGAGCUUUUGGUUCGUCAUGCAGCUUUAGAAUGAAGAGCUUCAUCCAACGCGACACUGUAGCUGUACAUGAGUUGUUUAUAAAGCACUUUUACCAUAGAAAUAAAUGUCCCGUUUCCGUGUCUACGGCUUUUAGCGAUCAGCAGGAUUCAACGUGAGAACGCGAGCCUCCACUCGUUCCACCCACAGCGCUACUUCACAAAGGUCCUGAUUGUUCUGUCUGCACUUUGAAUGUAUCUUGGCACAUUAACAGUAUGGUUUUUAUGUUGAACCUUUUACAAAGUGGCUCCAUCUUCAGUAACAAAUGCUUCUCAUUACUACCUCUCUCAUUCAGCUGCUCAUGCAUAGACUUUACCUCCCAAAGAAAACACCUUUGUUCUGCUAAACUUUCUGUAUCUGAGGAUAAUCUAGAACUAUUUUAUUUCCUUUCCAUGAGCGAACGCUCACCAGCUCCACACUGCUUGCACUUCCUGUUCCUUUCCUUUCCAAACGUCCUGCAGUGUUGAUGUUUUAGCCGGUGCCGGUUGUAGCCACAGACGUAUUACGUUGUAUCAGAGUACAUGUGCAGCCACUGAGACCACCGGUCACUCCAAGAACACUGUUCGUCACCGUUUUAAGACACGCCUUAUUAAAACGAGCAUUUUUAAUCAAUAAGCGGAUCCAGAUUUAGUAAAGCAGGACGACUGGAUAAACAGAGUCUAAUAAAGCAUCUACCUAUUUUCAA